GAGGCAACUUGUCCAGCCUGAGCGGCCCUCCUCUGUCCGUGGCAAGUCCGUGGACAUCCAUGGCGCGAGGCUUCAAUCCAACGACCUGUUCACAUUACGGUCUGAUGUUGUCCACUAUAAGACAACCUUCCGCCUGCUCUGCAAGCAACUUAACCGGGGCGAAGACAUGGCGCAUGGGACACUUCACUCCUUCCUCGUCCUCCUGGCACUCAUUCUCGUCCCGCUCCUUUCCCUGAAACUAUGGAACAGUUGGCACUCUCGCAGACGCCUCUCGCCUGGGCCCACUGGCCUGCCUAUAUUCGCAACGCCCUCCAGAUACCAGUCGAGCGAGCAUGGCUCACGUUCGUGGAAAUGGCGAGGACAUACGGCGACGUCAUGCACUUCUCCGCCUUUGGCCGUUCCAUUGUCAUCUUGGACUCGCGGAAGGCCGUGUUCGACCUGCUCGAGAAACGGAGUGCUAUAUACUCUGACCGGCCGCGGAGUGUCCUCGCCGGGGAGAUGAUAGGUUAUGCAGAGUUCACAGUAAUGUGUCGGUACGGCAGUCGUCUGAAGGACAGCAGGAAGAUCAUCUCGUUGCUCAUUUCGCCUCGUAUUCUCCCAGAGAUAAACGCCAUUCAGGAAAGCCAGGCCCAACUGCUCCUCCCCAGGCUCCUGAACGCACCCGACGAGUUCCUCACGCACAUCCGGUGGUACGACCUACCUGCCACGUCCAUCGACACAUCCUUGUCACUGGCGGAACAGCGCACCAUUCAGCAGGCCACCGUGGGGCCUACAGCGACACGCCUUCUCUACUGUUCAUUACCCUAUAUGCCUUCAAUCGAAGCACAGCAAAUACUGAGUGCAGGCGGCGCGUUGGUCCCGUCCUUGACCCUCCUCUGCUGUGUAUGUGCCGAGCUGCAUCUUGGGCUUCCCUCGCUCUAUCGUAACGGAGGGGCAGCGAGCCGCUCAUGCCGAAACGGACGCCUCCCAACACCGGCGCGCAUCCACUGUGCGCGCCUGUAGCGGUGCUGUAGGCCACAUUAGCUUAACGAGUCGUCCCGAUAUAACUUAGACCCGCCCGCCCUCCUCGUAUUUCCCUCGUCUUGCAAACGCCAGCGUUCGGGCAUCCCGCCCUUCGUUGUUUGGGAUGCCAUUGUCCGCUCGCUCGCUUUGUCCUCACCCCUCGACCUCUCGACCCAUCGUAACGGCCCUCGACCCGAUCCGCCCGUUGCAGCGAUCUUGUGCAGUGAAAGCGAGAACGGACACUUUCGUUGUGAGCAAGGUUGCGCAAGCGUUCCUGCCCACUUCUCAAUUCCCCUCAGAUUAGUCAAGAGUCAAUGGCUGGUCAGUACAUCACCUCUUCGCUUCGUUCACGGGCUACUGCUGAUAUGGUCUGCUAGUAGGCCUAUCUGCUCUCCUUCUCGG